UUCCAUGAAACAAUCGAAUACUUAAAGCCACCCUUCUUCAUUAGUCAUGCCUUGUUGACAAGGGAUGCAAACUGCAAAUUCGAACAGUAUUUUCCUCGAAUGACAGUAGAGGAUGACUUCGGAAGUAAGAGUUGAGAAUGGCGAUAUUGCAAGGGGCAUUAAAAGGCCGGCGUCGUGGUCACAAAGUAUGCAAGACGGUGAUGAUGAACAUCAUACGCAGAAUUUGCAAGUCACGAGAGGGUUUUACGAUUUACAGGAAUCAGCGCCGUUGGUGUGUUUUGGAACAUUACGAGAGAUUCCGAUACAAGUUCGAUAUGACCCAGUAGCAUCAAUGGCCAAAGAUCGCAAAACCGACGAGCUAGUGAUCCUAAACAUCAUCCAACUCAAAGAAACAUUUUGGGUCACAAUCGGGGACGGUGAGCCUUUUGGAUGCUUUACUACGAAGAUGGCUGAAGGGUUGAGUCGUCUGCGCAGUCUCACGCAUGCAUGUUCCGAAUGUCAGGGCAUCGAAUAUGAUGGCGUUGUGAAAUUUGCCGCGAUCACAGAUGCCAGCGAGUCACUAAAUCGAUCCAAAUUUCACACAAAUCUGAUUGUCGAUAUCAAUCUGUACGGUCAUGCUCACUCUGCCAAAGCGGCAGGUGAUGCUCUUGCAUCUUCUCAACUGUUUCUGCAGUUCCCAACGUCCGAUUCAAGAGGUCUGGUAUAUGAUAAUCCUCAACAUCUCAAGCUUCCAGGUCUUGCUGAUGUACAUUAUCUUCGACACCUCGACACGCUUAUGGAAGAAAGCAUCGAAGAACGAGUUCAGGAAGCCUCGCGCACUGACAUUGAAGCAAUUCUAGAUCACAUGCCUCAACACGGUUUUCUUAGAGAGUUGUCUGCAGAUGCCCGUAUAUCUACUGAAUUGGUUAAGCAUCAAAAGGAAGCUCUAGAUUUCAUGACCAGAAGGGAAUUAGGUUCACUACCUUCUUCCAUGAGUUUUUGGAGAUCUCACUCCUCCGAAAAUAAGGCAUCCUUUUACGAAAAUGUCAUCACGCAUACCAGAAACAACGUACCCGAGGAGCCUUUGGGUGGCAUUCUAGCCGACGAUAUGGGUCUUGGUAAAACGUUGACAUCCCUAGCUGUCAUUGUGGGAUCGCUUGAUAGAGCUCUAGAUUUUGCCCGUGAAAGAACUGGAGAACCUAUCGAUACGUGGCACAAGACCGUACCUUCUAAAGCCACGCUUGUCGUCGUACCUUCCUCGCUAUUGCUAGAUAGUUGGGCGACGGAGAUAGAACGACAUAUCCAACGGAACACAAUCCGCUUCUAUCGCUACCACGGUUCUUCAAAGCGUAUCGAAAUCUCGGACUUGCUACGAUGCGAUAUUGUACUCACCACCUACGCUACAAUCUCCUCUGAGUUCUGUAGAGGCCAAAGUAUGAUCAACCGAAUUAGUUGGUAUCGUAUAGUGCUUGAUGAGGCACACACAAUACGAAACGCCGCAACCAAGCAGUUCCGCGCCAUACAUUCCAUCACCUCGCACAUUCGCUGGUGUCUAACCGGUACGCCCAUUCAGAACUCCCUUGAAGAUCUCGGCGCUCUAGUAGAAUUCCUGCGCGUUCCUAUCUUGGACGAUCGAAAGACUUUCAGAAAUCACAUUAUAGCACCAGUACUAGCGGGGAAAUCUGUCAGAUUCAGGAACUUGCGCAAACUUCUCGAGAUACUAUGUCUCCGACGUACAAAAAGCUUGCUUAAUCUUCCCGAACCGACCACGCACACGCAUAUGCUUGACCUAUCAGCACCCGAAAGGGAAGCAUAUCAGGACUUCGGAGAUAGCUGCAGGCAUGCAAUCGACCUCGCGAUAUCCGGCCACAGUCUCAAGAAAGCAAAUCACCAUAUUAUCCAGACAAUACUCGGCAUGCGAUUAUUCUGUAACGAAGGACCAAAAGCUUUCAAAGGAAAGAAGAGCCUCAACGGUUUGCCAUCCGAUCCAGAUCACGCAUUGAGCUAUCUUCAAACAUGCGGCAAAGCAACUUGUGCGCAAUGUCACUGUGAGGUGCAAAGCAUGUACCAUUCAGAUGACCGGAGCUCGGCUACACUGACUGUCUGCGAACACCUAAUUUGUGGCGAUUGUCUGCCAAUCUACGAGACGGAUUUGAACAACGAUACUAAAGAGGGUCGCGCUAUUUGUCCGAUAUGUGGGCGACGCUGGGCGCGUGAUUCGUUCUUCAUCGGAUCGGCUCAAGAUCCCGCUGAUACACCAACGAGUCCUGAGGAGAUGCCUAGUAAGCUCAAGUUACUCUUGGAAAACCUUCAAACUCAGGGACCUGAUGACAAAUGCGUAGUCUUCUCCUUCUGGAAAAGAACCCUCGACCUCGUCGCCACCGGCCUAGAGGCCCUCAACGUCCCAUUCCUCCGGAUCCACGGCAGCAUUCCUUCGGCCAAACGAGUUAAAAUUUUGGUCGAAUUCGAGCAAUCAACAUCCGCGCGGAUUCUCCUCGUAACGUUCGGGACGGGCGGAGUAGGCAUCAAUAAGUUAAUGGUAGCGAAUUGCAUACACAUCCUCGAACCGCAGUGGAACCCAUCUGUCGAAAGCCAAGCCAUCGGGCGCGUGCUUCGUCUAGGACAGGAGCGAUCUGUGAGGAUUGUGCGAUAUAUUGCGAGAGGCACAGUUGAAGAGGCUGUUCAAUCGCAGCAGCUUCGCAAACUGCAACUCGCGAGAGGUGGAUUUGGUCUGGCUUUCAAAGACGACGAUACCUCGCAGAGAGUGUCGGAGAUUAUGAAACUUCUGUGUCCCGUGGGUGUACCGAACGUAUCCAACAUGUCCAGUUCUCCCUCCCUCCCACUCUAUUUGCAUCGCCGCAAUCUACACCAAUCACACUAUCCGUCAGCCUCGAAAUGUCUCCAACUCAGCCUCGAAGCAAGCAAAUUGAUCGGCGGACUCCCCGCACGAGUUCCAUUUAGGAUCCGCACCUGUUUCCUCGUCGUCUUCGUCGUCUGUUUGUAUGGCAAAACCCAGGAAUUACACCAACACUUUUUAUUGCACUUUUUUUUGUUGUUGGUGGAGGUGUUGAGGGCUCUUUACAAGCAUGAGUACGAGUACGAGUGGGAUUGUGAUUGGCCCGUUGACUGUGCGAGCCCAUUGGUAGAAAGAUGGGUGUUAGUUGAUUUGGAACAUUGUACACAGACAUGUAAUUGGACAGUACAUCAAUCCGAUUCCUCUCUUACUGGAUACCACGUUCAGGACUAUGAUGAUACAAAACAGCAUAGCAUCGCACAACCCAAAACUCUACCACUAAACUAG